AAUGCCAGGUCUGGGGAGAGCAGAUAUAGUGAAUGCAGGGUCCGAGGAGAGCGGAUAUAGUGAAUGCAGGGUCCGAGGAGAGCGGAUAUAGUGAAUGCAGGGUCCGGGGAGAGCGGAUAUAGUGAAUGCAGGGGUCCGGGGAGAGCGGAUAUAGUGAAUGCAGGGUCCGGGGAGAGCGGAUAUAGUGAAUGCGGGGUCCGGGGAGACCAGAUAUAGUGAAUGCAGGGUCCGGGGAGAGCGGAUAUAGUGAAUGCAGGGUCCGGGGAGAGCGGAUAUAGUGAAUGCGGGGUCCGGGGAGAGCGGAUAUAGUGAAUGCAGGGUCCGAGGAGAGCAGAUAUAGUGAAUGCAGGGUCCGGGGAGAGCGGAUAUAGU